AUGCUUUGUUGGAAGGAUGUUAUUGAGAUGCUUUGGGGAAUAUCUGGAAGAAUUGAGCACAUUCAUAAAAAUGGAUUAAUUAAUAGCAAUCUUCAUGGAGGUAACGUGUUAAUAGAAAAUGAAUCAGGUUCUGAAUAUAUACAUAUUCUUGACGUAGAAUUAAAUGGUCCA